AAACAAAUGAUGCAGUUUAUGUCACGCGCCUCCAUUUCUUCAUCCUCUUCCCCGUCCAUCCAUUUCUCCACACGGCUGAAGAAAUUCGCUCCGACCCACAGCACUGUCAGAAGUUUUUCGGCGAAAAUGGCUGCAGAUUCUCCCGCCCAGCUCACCCACACGCUAAAUCUCCCGACACAAGUCGAUCGACCAGUCCCCGUCGUCGCUGCUCCGGGCCUCUCCGAUACCCUAUUCAAGCAAGAACCUCCUCCGAUCAAUUUUCCUAUUUUUCUCUGAUUCCAUGCUUAAAUCUACUCCUAAGUUGACUGGGAUCAUGAAUCUUCUACGCAUCUUGUUCUCCGUGGCAUUAAUUUUUCCAAAUCUGGAAAAAUUGAUCUUUUUUUUGGUAGUUCUAUGAGAUCAAUUGAAGUAGAUUGACAUUUUCAGGAAUGCCAUUGAAUCCUCUUUAUUCAAGAAGUGGCUGGAAAAUAUACAGACAGAAACAGGGUUGCUGGCUAAUGGAUCAAUGUCUUUGACACAAAUUCUGAUUCAGGUGUCACAAAAUUUGGAGUAUAUCUUUUUCCAUAAGCUAUUGUCACUUGUGUUAAUUUUCUAAAUAAUUUAGAUUGAAAUUCCUCACACACCCAAGUACGGGAUCUCUUGGAAACAACCUCUCUGCUUCCAAGUAGGGGUAAGGUCUGCAUACACACACCCUUCUCGAUGAACACAAGGUCUCCAUAUGUUACAAAUUGGAGGCUAGGCAAGUGAAUCAAUGCUUGAAGAACUUCUUGAGUGACUAUAUGAGUGAAUAAAUGAUGUGCUCUUAUGACUGGAGUUCUAGAACUAGUAUGUCUUUAUUUUCUUUCCCGUAUUAAUCCGCCUUGUUGGAGCAGGGGUAGACAUGUUUGGCAAGCGUGUUGGUUUUCUCAAGUUCAAAGCAGAUGUCAUCGAUAAGGAGACUGGACUAGCAGUGUGUAAACAUAAUUCUUAUUGCCUUGGAAUUAGUGUCAUAAUACUUUUCCCUCCACUUAAACAUACCCUGGAGAAGUGUUUUUCAUUCAUAUUUAUUAUAUCCAUAAAAUUAUUAGGUUCCUGGUAUUGUCUUUGCACGAGGACCGGCUGUUGCAGUACUAAUCAUUUUGGAGUCUGAGGGUGUGCGAUAUGCUGUGCUAACCGAACAGGUUAGGGUCCCGGUUGGGAGGUUAAUUCUUGAAAUGCCAGCUGGGAUGCUAGAUGAAGACAAUGGCGACUUUGGGGGAACUGCAGUUCGAGAGGUUGAAGAAGAGACUGGAAUAAAGUUGAAUGUGAGGGACAUGAUUGACCUUACAGCCCUUCUCGACCCGUCCACUGGCGGCAGAGUCUUCCCUUCUCCUGGUGGCUGUGAUGAAGAGAUUAGUCUGUUUCUGUACAGAGGAAAGAUGAGCAAAGAGGAAAUAAAAAUUUUACAUGGGAAAGAAACAGGUCUUCGAGAUCAUGGCGAGCUAAUCAAGGUGCAUUUAGUUCCGUAUGAUAGACUGUGGUGUGCCACUGCCGAUGCGAAAACUCUAAGUGCUAUUGCCCUAUAUGAGAUGGCCAAAAGGGAAGGACUGCUUCCGGCUUUUGAUAUGACAAGUUAGAAAUGUUCUUUUGCUUGUUCUGUUUAUGGCACUUGGAAUGUUUUGUAUCUGAAGUGCCUUUUCAACUUAUCUUUCAUGCAAAUGAUAUAUGAAGAGUGGCUAUUCAUUCUGGUCUAGUUGUUCGUGUCGGUGUGUGCGCUUCGUCUUUGUGUUGUUAUUUUGUACGGAGUAUGUGUUAACGGAUGUUUGGCACUGUGUUAGAACUCAACUG